AUGGGGAAACAAAAGAAUCCAUUUCGAUGUCUCGUUGAAUCCGAGGAAGAUAGACGCUACACAAAACCCAAUCUUAGGUUAGUCAAUAAGGCGAGCCUGGAUAAGUUAUUGAAGGCCGAAAUAUACGUGAAUGAGGCUGACGCUAGGUCUCCUCCUCCUACUCCUCACCAACCUCCUCGACCGUCACCACAACCAGUGCUUCCUAACGCUGCUGAGCAGAAAAGGCGCAGGGAACAGAAGGGCAAGGAUGUGGCAGACACGAGCAAGUCUCGUCCAACUCGAGAGGAGGAUGCUCAACGAGCUGCAAAGCAGCAGAAAACCAAGGACCAAGCCGCGCGGGGCCAGGAGAAAUCUGACUCCCAACAUUCUGAACCACAAGUAUGGUUGCCAGCACCUAUGCACGGUGGGGAGCCCCUGCGAGGUGAUGCAUCUAUAAGGGACUUUAACGGCAGCAUAGGGUGUCAUGUAGCUUCGGCCAUAGAGGAAGCCUUAUUGCUCCCAAAAGAUAUGGCCGAAAUAAAGAACAUGAGAAAGAAUGAACUUGUCCUCGACAAAAAACGAUAUUUGGGCAUGGACUUGGCCAAUGCAAAGAAAAAGUUACAGGCCGAAGAGCAAGCUCGCAAGAGUGCCGAGUCGGCAUUAAAAGGCUACCAAAAGCAGGCUGAGAACCAAGGGAAACUUCUGCAGGAGGCGAAUGCCGAGCUAAAGAAGACUCAAGAGCAAGUCCUAGUUCUUAGGAAGCACCUGGAGGAAACUCAGAAGCUAAGGGAGCCAGUUGAAAAGUCCAAGGAGCAAGCGGAGAAAGCAAAGAUCGAUGCCGAACAGGCAAUGAACAAAGCUGAGCAGAGAGGCUACGAGGUUGGUAUAGCUAAAACUGAGAAGGCUUUGAGAGCCGAGGUUCCGGAGGUAUGCCGUAUCUACUGCGCAAGAACUUGGAGCGAGGCUUUUAACCGUGUUGGGGUUGAAGCCUCAUCUGAGUUACGUAAGCGAGAGAACGUAUUCUAUCCCGAGGCGAUCCGCCCCUUAGUUCUUCUACCCCAUCAGGCUGAUACUCCCUCUUCAGUUAUUAACCUCAACGAGGAGGUUUCACCUCACAGUUUUCCUCCCCGUAGUCAGCCGGAAUUAGCUAAAGAGGGACUUGCCCCUCUAGGAGCUUCCCUAGACAAGACCACCACCGCUUCGGAGGCAGAGACGGACUCCCAAGGUUUUCAACGGGAUUUGGACUCCACAGUUCUACCAACUGGGAGCGUUACCAAAGCCAAAGAGGGAAUCACCCCUUCGGAGGCAAACAUACCCGCCAGCCAGAACCCAAAGAUCCAAUUGAAAUUGAAAAAGUAG